AUUUCUCAAAUUCUCUUACUCCAAUUAAACCAAUGGACCAUUAAGUACCUCUUUAUCACUAAUUACUGACAACUUGACUCAGUUCAUCAGUACACACCAAAAAAUCCUCUUCUUAAACCUCUUUAAUCUUGAUCAUCCACUUUCAUUUUCAACCCCUGAAACCCCCUUUCUCAGCAAAAACCCAUUGUGGGUUUUCUUGAUUUAGCCUAAAGUUCUCACUGUCAACAUGGAAGAUGGUGAAAAGAUUAGCACUUCGGAGACAAACAAUAUCUGCACAUCUCCAAAAGAAAUGGAUGGUUUUCAACUCAGGCCUGUUGCAUUGUUGGAGUCAGGAGAAGGCUUACCUUACGCUCCUGAAAAUUGGCCAAAUCCAGGUGAUAUUUGGACUUGGAAAGUUGGGCGAAGAGUCAAAGCUUCAGGACACUUUCAAGAUAGGUAUUUGAUUGCUCCACCAAGGCUUCAAGAAAACCCAAGAAAGAAAAUGUGGUUUUCGAGUAAGCCGUCUCUUAGAACUUAUCUGAAAACAAACUUCCCUGAAGCUGAUAUCAAUGCAUUUUUCUCCUCAUUUGUUUGGGAUGUUCCAGCUGAUUUCAAUGCUUUUUUCAUGUCACCUGAGGGCAAAGCAGAACCUAUGCCUCUUUCUCAAUCACCUAAUCCUGGAGAGGACGGUAAAGCUGGUCAAUCGCCUAAUUCUGGAAGGGCCCGUAAAACUGGUCAAUCACCUAAUUCUGGAAAGGCCCGUAAAACUGGUAAAUCACCUAAUUCUGGAAAGGCCCGUAAAACUGGUGAAGGAGGAGGAACUUCUUCACGGAAAAGGAAGUCCAGUCUAAAGCAGCAAGGAAGGUAUUUAUGGAAGAAAGUUCAUUGUAACGAUACUUAUCCCGAAAUCCCCAAUGCGCUCCAAGUUAAGGAAGAGAUCAUAGAAAACAGUGAGGCACCAAAUAAAGUGCGAAGUUCUUUGUUUGAGAGUGUUCCAGUGUCCGAUGACUGUGCAACCAUUACUCCUCUAGCUUGCCACCAGGAACUAGCAACUCCUCUCACGGGAUCUCCUCUUGCAGUAACUCCAGAGGAUUUCGAUAACUACAUUAGUUCACUUGAUAACAUUCUACUUUUGCCUACUAACGGAAGUCCAAGCAUUGUCUCUGGCGCUUGUGGAGAAAAAGAAAUGACUGGAGCUCGAAAGAAACUUGUUAACCUCCUACGUCUUGGUUUUCCUGCUUUAUUUACCUCUGACAAACUUACUGAAGUUACGACCUUGUCUUUGGAGCUUCAGAAUGAUCCUGACAUAAGUGAUAAAGAGCUUUCAAUGCUGAAGCUAAUCCAAGAAAUCCCCCUAGCCAGGAAUGAUUUCCUAGAAGCUAAGCGAGUAGCUAAACAAGCUGACAAGUUCUUUGCUGAUCUCGAGGCUAAAGUGACUCAUGUUUCUACACUAAGGGAUGAUUACAAAGCCUCAAAGCAAGAAAUAGCUCUACUUGAGGCUGAAGAUAUCUCUACUUCCUCAGCUAUACAGGAAAUUGAUGAAAAGAUUGCCACCUUGCAAUCGCGUCGAACUGCAUUAGCCAAGGUUGCCAACAGAACCAGCAAGAAGAUGUCUGACGCAAAAUCAAAGCAAAGAAUGGUCAUGGCCCAUCUUCCGAAGAUAGUAGAUGAAAUUCAGGUGGCUAACUCCCAAAGCUCAGAAUGGAAGCUUAAGAAAGAGAAAUCGGCAGAGAAGGAAGUCGAGAUAUUGACCAAAUUUGCUCCACUCGAGGGGUUCUCAAUUUAACCUUUGUGUUGUACAUUGUGUCUUCAUGUUGAUCCUACAUCUACUGUUACAUUCAUGUUUUUAACCCUCAGGAAUUUGAUCUACCCUUCCUUGCCAUUAGGGGUUUUCUUGUAGGUCAUCUAGUUUUCAUUAUCUCUUAUCCAUAGAGACGCAGAAAGGUGGGAGGAUCUUUGAUCCUUUAUUUUGUUUGAUCUAUGUAGAACUCUUUUCUUUUUCAUCCUAUGUAGGACUCUUUCAGUGUGAUCUUUCUGCUGUUUUAAUAAGAAAUGUUUAGGAGAACUA